UUUAACCCGUUGCAGCGUAAAAUAUCUCCCUUAUUAUUACAGCGUUCACCUACAUGCGGGCUCGUUAUUGGUGGCGCGCGAUCAGAAGCGCGAGAUGGACAGCAGUUGAGAUUGAAUUUUAUGAGCGUCCUCAACAAACGUUAGUUAUAUUUUUAAUUAAUCAGUUGUACAGUCCGUGCUUUGUUUGUAGUUUGAGAGACAUGUUUGUGUGUCGAGGAGCGAGGCUGUCGGCGAAGGCUUUGGAGCAGGCUUUCAACUCCACGACAGGGGCAGCGGCACAAUUUAAAACGAACAGGCUAACGGUAGUUGACGUUACCUGCACUUUGCCAUUACGUAACAUCCAUGCAUUCAAAUGCUCCCGAGCUUUUUGUGGAUAUUUUGUGGCACUUUCGCCUGAGGGAAAGCGAGAAAAAAGGGAGAAGGAUAUGUUUUCCGUCAAGAACCGGGACUCUGUUCGUUUCAUAAUCACGCAUCAGCAACCAUUAACUGGAGUAAAUUAUUUUUCUUUAAAUCUCUCCAACAAAAGUACUGGUAAAAGCUUAUUCAGCCGUACACAUAACGUCACUAGCUCAACUCUUUAUCGGACGAAUGGAGGCCAAAGCUGGCAGAAGAAACAAUACGUAGAUGCACUUGAAUCUGUGUUUACAUCUGGAGCCAAUGUCUGCAAUCAUCGAUUAUAUCCCACAAUGACUGUGCAAAUGAGACCUUUUUCCUCGGUUGCUGUUGCUCCCAAACUGGUGGAGGACUCGCCCGCAGAUCACAAAGUGGUAAAUUCAACUUUGAAUGAUGAACGUGGUAUCUUCAGGCAUUUGGAAAUUGCUCCCAAGGAGGAACCAAACUUCUGGAGGUCUACAAUUUCCCAUGAUGUCAAGCAAAGAGGCUCUGAGUUUGAAGGACCAGACUCCAAAGCAGGCCUCAGCCAAAGGCCCUGAGGAGCCCGAGGUACCGGAGCCUGAGGAGGACAAUCCUAGCAAGACCCAGCAGCUGAAGAAGAUCUUUAAGGAGUACGGAGCUGUAGGAGUCUCCUUCCACAUAUGUACGUCCCUCAUGUCUCUGGGCAUGUUCUACCUCGCUGUGUCCAGUGGGAUCGACAUGGCUGCUAUCCUGUACAAGAUAGGAUUCAGUGAAUCUCUGAUUCAGUCCAAGUUGGCUGCGGGUACCAGUACGUUUGUCCUGGCGUACGCCAUCCACAAGCUGUUUGCUCCGCUCCGUAUCAGCAUCACUGUGAUAUCAGUGCCUCUUCUUGUACGAUACCUCAGAAAGAGUGGCCUCUUCAAGACACCCAACUCACCUACACACUGAGUGGCUGAGACCCCAACCUCCACUAACUUUGAUAACUGAGACUUUCCAAAUAUGACCAUUACUAUUUCUGGAAUCAAGAGGGAAUCGGUGUGACAAAUUCUUCCAACCAUCCCUAGUUUUUCAACUGGAAUUUCUGCAGGAGAUAAAAACAGAACCAACCGAGGCUGACUUUUAACCCACCUGUAGAUCAGUGGCGGUCUGUUCCGUUUAAGAUGAGGAUGAUUUUAAAAAUAUAUUUCUUAUGAGCAUGGCCUUAUUUCUAUUGCAGCAUUUUGGAUGACUGUCAUUCAUAUUUCAUUCACCCAGUUCAAUGUAACAGUGAUGGGUUUAGCCUAAUACAAUAUACUCAAAAUGUCCCUGUACCCAUCAUGAGAUUACUACAACCUAAUUUUAUGAGAAGUUUACAUUGUCAACUUUCAUCAAGAUAAUUUUUAGUAAUCAAGGUGAGGAGACUGUAACACAUUCAAUACUGCCGUGAACUCUCGUGCCUGCAUCUAGAUGAUCUAGGGUGUAAUCAUUAGUCAAACAGUUGCAAACGAGAGUUUCUAUUGGACAAAUUCAGAUAUGUUUAUCCCCAUUCCAUUUAAGAAAUGUUUUUCAACAGAAUCGGUGGAAUGAAUACACUCCUGAUCACACGCAAACACAAUUCACUUUCAUAGCAGCCAUAUAAAAACGGCAAGUUCACUUUGCUCAUUGUAUACUGUGCAUUCGGAAAGUUUUCACACCCCUUGACUUUUUCCUCAUUUUGUUACGUUACAGCCUUCUAAAAUUGACAAAUUAUUUUUUGCCUCAUCAAUCUACACACUACGCCAUAAUGACAAAGCAAAAGCAGGUUUUAGAUUUUUUUUACAAAUGUAUUAAAAAUAAAAAACUGAUCACAUUUACAUAAGUAUUCAGACUCUUUACUCAGUACUUUGUUGAAGCACCUUUGGCAGAGAUUACCGUCUCGAGUCUUCUUGGGUAUGACCACUAUUUUCAGGUCUCCAGAGAUGUUCGAUCGGGUUUAAGUCCAGUUUCUGGCUGGACCACUCAAGGACAUUCAGAGCCUUGUCCUGACGCCAGUCCUGCGUUGUCUUUGCUGUGUGCUUUGGCUGUUGGGGUCACUGUCCUGUUGGAAGGUGAACCUUCGCCCCAGUCUGAUGUCUGUCGUGAAUAAUGAGGAGAGACCGGGUCAAUCACCAAUCAGGAUAUUACUUCAUUCAAAAUAUAUUAAUAGGGAAAAUAUAGAGCAAUAACGAUGGCUGAUCGUCGGGGGUUGGGUUGAGAGCCCUGAGACAAAGAAUACAAACACCUUAUAACAAAGAUAUACCCCCUUUUAGUCUACAUUACAAACAACAGAUGUGUGGAAUGGGUCACAAGGUUAGGAUUUGUAUUCAAAAAAAUAUCUGCUGUAAAGAUGUGCUCAUUGUGUGGAAACCAGGUUCUGGCCCCUAAAACAAGGUUCCUCUCAUAAUAAUAAUCCAUACCCGAGCCCUCUCCACCCUGGUACCUCCCGGCACAGAAACAGCAACUCAGUCCGAGGCAUGACAAGACCAUCAUAAAUCAGUUGCUAGAGUUAAAUUUCAGAAGCUCCUCUCAGUUCACACAGACACGAUAGAGUUCUAAGAACCCAAUUCUGUUGCAUUAAAAAACAUUUGAUGCAAUAACAGUAUUAUAACAUAAUCUUGUAAUUUCUCCAUGAUGCGUCCUGAGCACUCUGGAGCAGGGUUUCAUCAAGGGUCUCUCUGUACUUUGCUCCGUUCAUCUUUCGCUCGACCCUGACUAGUCUCCCAGUACCUGCCGCUGAAAAACAUCCCCACAGCAUGAUGAUGCUGCUACCACCAUGCUUCACCGUAAGGAUGGUGCCACAUUUUGGGACAGGUCGAAAAGCAUUUAACAUUUUAUGGCAAUUUAGCUAACUACCUUGCUGUUGCUAGCAAAUAUGUACUGAGAUAUAAACAUUGGGUUGUUAUUUUACCUGAAAUGCACAAGGUCCUCUACUCUGACAAUGAAUCCACAGAUUAAACUGUAAACCGAAUUUGUUUCUAGUCAUCUCUAGUCACUCCUUCCUUCAGUCUUCUUUUUCUUCUGACUUUAUAUGGCAGUUGGCAACCAACUUUAAGGUGCAUUACCUCAACCAACUGGAUUCUGGACAUCACCCACGUGGGUAUAUGCACCUAAAAAGCAAUGAGGAAAUGGGAGAGGCAGGUCAUGCAGCGUGGUGAGCGUCACAAAUAGAACCAAGUUCUACUUUAGCGCCUGGCUACGCAGACGCUCAUAAGCAGUGUGGAUGCUAUGAUUGUAUAACAUGUAUGGUCUUUAUGUUGAGCAUGUAAGGCUGUAAUGUAACAAAAUGUGUAAAAAGUCAAGGGGUCUGAAUACUUUCCGAAUGCGGUGUGUAUAUAAUUCCUUCUCAAACUACCUAUGCGCUCUCCUCCUCUCACCUGUUCCCUUCGCGUGUGGACUUCAGUGCACAACACAUCAGCUGCCUGUGACCAGUCAAAAAAAUAAAACUUGUCAAAUAUCAUGACCGCUAACCACUACACACAGCCUACAUUGUUGUCAUGUCAUAGUAAACCUACCUACUAGAACUAACGUGGUAUUCAACCCGCUAGCUACAAUCACGCAGUUUAGCAGUUACACCGGUGGGACCCUGGGGCAAUAAAUGAAUAAAACCAAAAUCUUACUUUAACUUUGAAGAGUUCCAGUGUUGGAUAGCCAGCUAGCUAAUGUAGCAUCCCUUUCUGUUUAAGUAGGAUAAACUGGCUAGCUGCAUUCAACUAGCUAAGUGAAUGUUUAAAAUAAUACAACCAAAUAAAGCUAGCUCUUCCUCUCUCUUGCUUCUCCUUCAUUUUUUAAGAUAUGAAUUUGCUCAAAACUGUUCAACUAUUGUCUUUCUCUACUCACCACAUUUUAUGCACUGCAGUAGCUUAUGCUUUCAGUACUAGAUUUAUUCUCUGAUCCUUUGAUUGGGUGGAUAUGUCAGUUCAUGCUGCAAGAGCUCUGAUAGGUUGAAGGACAUCUUCCGGAAGUCGUCAUAAUCACCGUGUAAGUCUAUGGAAGGGGGUGAGAACCAUGAGCCUUCUAGGUUUUUGCAUUGAAGUCAAUAUAACCAGAGAAGGACAGAUGCUAGCUGUCCUCUGGCUACACCAUAAUGCCACCCUACGAGUGCUGCUGAGGGUAUUGUAGACCAUUGCAAAACUGUAUUAAUUAAUUGUUUGGUGACAUGAAUAUAUUUAGCAUAGUUUUAUGUAAAAAGGUUCACUUUGUUUCAUUUAUUUGUAUUUUGAUGAAAUUCUUUGAGGAUGCUCCUCCCCUUACUCCGAGGAGCCUCCACUGCUGUAAAUAUCCAUAUUUGUUUUCCUUUACAAACUAAAGUACAGUAGUUGGUCCUCAAUAUAUGUUUUAAGAUUCUAUGCAGUUGUCAUUGUGUUUUCAGGCCAUUGUGUUUCACCUUAGCUCCUGCUUCCUUUUUUUGUAACAGAAGUAAGUAAAGCGCCAUGUCUGUCUGAAUUAUUUGGAACAAAAUAUGAAAAAGUCAUAUGAAUUCACUGUUACAGGUUUAUAAUUUAUUUUAUAAAUACAAAUUGAGUUGAAAUUCAUCCACUCAUGACCAUAAAAUAAAAAGACCACAAAAGGGCCAUCUGUCUGAGAUAUAUUUAUUUACAAUCAUAUUGAACCAGUGGCACCAAAUUAAGUUUGAUUAUCACUGACUGAAUGAUACUAGAAUCUAUUCUAAACCCUACCUUGAAGUUUAGAAGGUUCUAAUGAAUGGUCUAAAUAUUUUUUAGGAAUAGGAGUUGUGGAUACAGGUUGGUCGGGUCAGUCAGCAUCUCUUUGUGCUGUGAAGGUUCUCUACAGGGAAGGUUUGUAAAAAAGCUGAUCACUCACCUCCACUGACUGGUCUUACUGUUAGCUGAGUAGCCAUGUUCUUUUCUAUUCCUCGUGCUCGGUGAAUGAAUCAGCAGAAAUAUUUAGGUGACCUUCUCUUAACUCUCCCCCUUGUCAUUUAGCCUGGAAAUGCAUAUGCUCUGUUAAGUUAGGGAUGUCGAGAAUUUAAGCAGCUUUUCGCAGCUUUUUGUUAAAAAUCGCGCAACAUUUCAGCGCCCUGCUAUUCAUGCCAGGAAUAUAGUAUAUGCAUAUGAUUAGUAUGUGUGGAUAGAAAACACUCAGACGUUUCUAAAACUGGUUAAAUCACGGCUGUGACUAUAACAGAACGUGCGUUUCAUCGAAAAGUGCAGGAAAAUAGGAUCACUGAAAAUGGAAAACAAUAUCCAUGCGCGACUUCCAGGAAUUGUUAUAGGUGAACCGGAUUAAAUGGGGCUGAGGUUGCAGUACCUACAGCUUCCACACGAUGUCUAGAGUCUUGUCAUUUGCCUAGGCUUUGUUUCUUGGUCAAACCGAAUCAAGGGAACUGAUUCCCUCCGGUCUCCGACCGGAUGUUUUGGUUGAGAUUUCUCAGGACAGUAUUUCAAUAAGGACACCUAUAGAAUUGACAUCGCCUCGUGAUCAAUUGUAUCACUUAUUAACGUGUACUAAUACCUAAAGUUGCAUUACAAAAGUAUUUCGAUGUGUUUUGUGAAAGUUUAUCGUCGACUUUUUUAAUUUAAAAAAAUGACAUUACGUUCUAAAACGCUAUUUUUUUCCGUUGUUCACACAGUGUUCAUAGCCUAGAUAUCGAUCUAUAUAUGGACCGAUUUAAUCGAAAAAAGACCCAAAAUGAUGUUUAUGGGACAUCUAGGAGUGCCAAGAAAGAAGCUGGUCAAAGGUAAUGAAUGUUUUAUAUUUUAUUUCUGCGUUCUGAGUAGCCCCCGGCUAUCGCAAAAUCUGUCGUUAGGUGACGGUGCAGUAUUUGGGGGAUACAUGCUAUCAGAUAAUAGCUUCUCAUGCUUUCGCCGAAAAGCAUUUUACAAAUCUGACUCGGUAACUAGAUUCACAACGAGUGUAGCUUUAAUUCAGUAUAUUAUAUGUGCAUUUUAAUGAAAGUUUGAGUUUUAUCAAAAACUAUACGUGGCGUACUUGAAAUUUCCGCUGAUAUAUGUUCCCACCACGGGACCACUGCCCUAACAAGUUAGGGCAAACCAGUUUGGGUUCCAGACCAGUUGUAAUUAGCUAAGCAGUACUGUUGUGUCCAAUGCAAGUUCUUGUCCUAUAUGAAGUAAGGAUUUACUGGGAUAUUUGUAGCCUACCAUAUAAUUAUAUGUGAAAUAUUUUUUUGAAUUGAUUGGAGUAGUAUUUUUUUCUAUGUGGGUUUUUAUUGCAAUACAGUGCAUGUUGUCAUAAACAUUUUAUUCUGACUGUAAAAGUAGCUCUGGAUAAGUCUGCUAAAGGACAAACAUGUAAUAAAAACAUUGUCAAGAAAUACA